GAAUAGAACAGGCAUUGAUUGUUUAUCCUAUUUUGGCAUGCAAUCUAGAUACAGCUUGAAAGAUUAUGCCCUACCUAUGUUUACUACAAAAAAGAUGUUUCUUAAAGGAAUAUUACAUGAAUUACUAUGGUUUAUAAAUGGGUGUACAGAUUCACAUAUUUUAAAGGCUAAAGGUGUUAAUAUAUGGAAUGCAAAUGCCUCCAAAGAAUAUCUGGACUCAAUAGGUUUAGCUGACAGAGAAGAAGGUGAUUUAGGACCUGUUUAUGGUUUUCAGUGGAGACAUUAUGGUGCCAAAUAUUAUAAUAAACAUAGUGAUUAUAGUGGGCAAGGUUUUGAUCAGUUAGCUAAUAUUAUAGAAACAUUGAAAAUUAAUCCAGAUGACAGGAGAAUGAUUAUGUCAGCCUGGAAUCCUCUGGAUAUACCCAAGAUGGCUUUGCCUCCUUGUCAUUUGAUGUCCCAAUUUUAUGUUGCAAAUGGUGAAUUAUCUUGUUUAUUUUAUCAAAGAUCAGCUGAUAUGGGAUUAGGCGUUCCAUUUAAUGUGACGAGUUAUUCGAUACUCACCCAUAUGAUUGCUCAUAUAACAAAUUUGAAGCCUGGUGAAUUGAUUCAUACUAUUGGUGAUGCUCACGUUUACAUAAACCAUAUAAAGCCCCUAGAAGAACAAAUAUCAAGAGAGCCUUAUGCAUUUCCCAAAUUAAAAAUCAAUCGCCAAGUUGAGAAUAUAGACGAUUUUAAAUUCGAAGACUUUGAAGUGGUUGGAUAUAAGUGCCACUCAAAGAUCGCUAUGGAUAUGGCAGUUUAGAGGGCGCCAUAUAUAUUUUUUUUAAAAAAAACAUUUUAAAAAAGAUUGGUAAUUCGACUCAGACAAAAUAGACUAGUUUUAUUACACGUGUAAAUAUAUAUCUUUUUUAAAAAAUAUUUUUUUAAUAAAUAAAUAUGGUGA